UGAUCUGAGAAGGUUCGUGGCCUGAAGGUGUCAGGGUUCAGACGUCAGGAUGGGGUGUAACAUGUGCCUGGUGCAGAAGCCCGAGGAGCAGUACAGGGUCAUGUUCCAGGUGAACAGAGACUUGACUGGACUCUCUCCGGAGCAGAGCCUGCAUGCGCUGCGCUGCCGAAGGAGCAUGAGUUGGGGUCCGAGGAGGAAAGCAGCCGGACCUGGAGCUGCUGGAGGGACGGCGGUAAUGACUGACUGUGUGGACAGCGGGACGCAGACAGAUAUCAGCUUCCAGCACAUGGUGACAUUAGGCAGACCCGUCCAUCACAACAGACCACCGUCACCUCCAUCCCCUCCGCUGCCGCCCAUCCCAGAGCCAUGCCUCUUCAGCCAGCUUCCUGCUGAAGACCAUGUGUACUACGACCCAACGGACUACUUUGACAUCAGUCAACAUGAGGUGGACAGACAAGAUGUCCUGGAGUAUGAGGAGGUGGAACUGUAUAAGUCCUCUCAGCAAGAUAAACUGGGUUUAAUGGUGUGUUAUCGCACUGACGAUGAAGAGGAUCUGGGUAUCUAUGUGGGUGAGGUCAACCCUAAUAGCAUUGCUGCUAAAGAUGGCCGAAUCCGUGAGGGAGACCGAAUACUGCAGAUAAAUGGGAUGGAUGUGCAGAACAGAGAGGAAGCAGUGGCCAUCCUGACCAGAGAGGACAGCACCAACAUCUCUCUGCUACUGGCACGACCAGAUAUUGAGAAUGAGGCUGAUGAUCUGGAUUUGGAGUUGGGCAUGGGCAUGGGCCUGGAUCUAGAAGACUUGGAAAAUGUCUAUAACUCACCCAGCCCUCAUCACCGAAGGGAAACUAGCUCUUUGCUGAGCGACAUCAGUGGGAUCCGAGCUGCUCGGCCCAACUUGUGGCACACAAACAGCCAGGAGCUGGACAGCGGGGUGGGUCGUACAGAUGAAAGUACACGCUGUGAAGAGUCCUCCGAGCUGGCCGAUGAUGCCACCAGCGCAUGCACGACCAAUGCCACCAAUACACCCGGCAGCUUGCGCAAGUUCCGCGCUGCUCAGCACGGAUGGGAAUACAUCCACUACAGCAACGACUCGCUGCUGGGGCCAGAUGGGGUGGGAGCGGUGGAUCAAGGUGCUCCUGAAUCACUGGGCUCGGUGACCAGCAGAACACUGAUGCCUGGGUUAACUGAAGAGGAAUAUGAACGUUACCGAGAGCUACUGGAGAUCCGCUGCCUUUACGAGAAGAACGGAAAUGCACUUUUCCUUUUGGAUGGAAGGAACCAUGGUGGAGGAGGAGGUGGUGAUUUUGCAGGAGCAGGUGUUCCUGUAGACAUGAAUUGUAACGAGAGCCUGAUGCAACAUGAGAUUGCUCUUCUAGAUGAGGAAAUACGUCACCUGGAGUUUAAGUGGCGCAAUGUUUUGCGGGCUCAAAAGAUGCAACAGUUGCGGCAACGCUGCCUAAAGGUCUGGCCAGCUGACGAAGAGGACGAUGAAGAAAAAGGAGCAAAGGCCAGGUGUGGAGGUGCUGAGGCGAUCCACCAUGACCUGUCGGAUAUCAACGAGAUCCCAGAAAGGGAACGCUCUGAUAAGGAGAGUACAAGCGCUUAUAAUACCGGCGGGGAAAGUUGCAGAAGCACACCUUUGGCAAGUGAACGACACCCUUCACUGUCUGCGGCUGGAGAUUCCAGUGCCUCUGCAACCAUGCGACCCCGGACGCCCCGUCACAGAACAAGCACAAGUAGGGAUAAGAAUCUAAACCUACCAUCAGAUGCCAAGAAAAAGAGUGAAGAAACAGCGGACAACAAAAACUCUACUCCAGCAAGGCUUCGGUCGUUAUCCCGGAAUGGCGGGAGUAGUAGAAAGGGCUUGGAUGGAGCACGAAGGGGGUCCCAUGCAAAUGGGACUCUCAGUACAGGGAUCGUGAAAGGUGGAAGGAGUGCAGAAAACAGUCCGUACUUGUCCCGUCGCCGCUGCAGUAGCAUGCUGCCUCAACGCUACCAGAGUUGCAUGCAGUUGAAGGACGUGUCUUUAAACGACAGUCCAGAAUUAAGGGAUGCCAAUGAAAAGGUUCCUUCUCACUCCAAUACCAUAACUUGUCUAAACAGAGACUCCACAGCUGCUCUUGCAACUUCUUUGAUUAUAUCUCCUUCACUGCCUACAUCUUCACCUCGAAUGGAGUGGAAGGUAAAGAUCCGCAGCGACGGCUCACGUUAUGUCGCUAAACGUCCGGUAAGAGACCGUUUGCUAAAGGCUCGUGCCAUGAAGAUUCGAGAAGAGCGCAGUGGGAUGACCACGGACGAUGAUGCGGUCAGUGAAAUGAAGAUGGGACGCUAUUGGAGCAAGGAGGAGCGUAAGCAGCAGCUGCUGAGAGCUCGCGAGCAACGGCGACGCCGUGAGUUCAUGAUGCAGAGCCGACUGGACUUCAUGCGGGAGAAAGAGAAGGAACAAGACUCUGGACCUCAAGGACAGGCUUCUAUACUUGAGCUGAGCCAGAAAAAGAGUAUGAAGAAACGCAGCCGACGCAUCCUGGACAACUGGAUCACCAUUCAGGAGCUGCUGGCACAUGGGACCUGUUCUGUAGAUGGGAAGAAAGUCUACAACCCUUUGCUAUCAGUGACCACGGUUUAAUAAAUGAUGUGAAAUGAGACCAAAAAGAUAUUUGAAUUACAACGUUUACCAAUUAUUUGGGGUUCUCUGACAAAAAUGCCUAGUAGUCAAGAAACGAUGAAUAUAAAUGUACAAGACAAAGGCUAAUUGCAAAUGAAUGUACAUUUUUCAUAAUUAACAUGAACUCUGGGAGCAGCUCUCUGUUCCUAUACAGGUGCUGGUCAAAGUUUAUUUAUUUCACUAAUUCCAUUCAAAAAGUGAAACUUCUAUAUAAUAUUUAUUCAUUACACACAGACUGAUUUAUUUAAAAAGUUUAUUUCUUUUAAUUUUGAUGAUUAUAACUGACAAC